GCUUCUUAGGGAGGGCAGGGGGCGUCGCGGAGAGGCAGUGGGGCGCUCGCCUGGGCGCGCGGCCUCUUUCUAGCGAGGCCUACCACGGAGGAGCCGUGCCCGGGGUGUCGCCACCGCCGCCAUGUUUGGCUGCUUGGUUGCCGGCAGGCUGGUACAGACAGUUGCACAGCAGGUGGCAGAAGACAAGUUUGUGUUUGACUUGCCGGACUAUGAAAGCAUCAACCAUGUGGUGGUUUUUAUGCUGGGGACCAUACCCUUUCCAGAGGGUAUGGGUGGAUCUGUCUACUUCUGCUAUCCUGAUGAAAAUGGGGUGGCAGUGUGGCAGCUCCUAGGUUUUGUGACAAAUGAAAAACCAAGUGCCAUCUUCAAAAUUUCUGGCCUAAAAUCUGGCAAAGGCAGCCAACAUCCAUUUGGAGCCAUGAAUAUUCCCCAAAUGCCAUCUGUUGCCCAGAUUGGGGUUUCUGUGGAGCUGUUGGAAGUCUUGGCUCAGGAAACUCCUGUAGCAAGUGCCGCUGUAUCAUCAGUUAAUUCAUUCACAGAGUUCACUCAGAAGAUGUUGGACAAUUUUUAUAACUUCGCUUCAUCCUUCGCUGUCACGCAGGCCCAAAUGACACCAAAUCCAUCUGAAGCUUUCAUUCCUGCAAGUGUAGUUCUAAAAUGGUACGAGAAUUUCCAAAGACGACUAGCUCAGAACCCUUUCUUUUGGAAAACAUAAUCUUGACUCAAAUGCUUUGAAAGGUGCUUCAGCAACAGAGUUACAUCUUUAAAAACGCAGAAAACUGAGCCUACUAAAGAAAAUCUGGAUUCGUUGGUUGAUUUGAAGUUUGAGUGGAAAGGGGGAAAAACAGCUUUUGUAAUAUUUUUGUGACUUUGUUUCAAAUUAAAGUCCUAAAAAGGUA